AUUCGAAAAAUAUUAAACAAGUAAGCAUCAAUAUAAAACAAGAAGGUUCAAAUCGAUUCCUUUAGCAUCUAAUAAAUCUGACUUAGCUAUCAAGAGAAAUAUUUCAAGCGAAAGCAUCAGGAAUUACAUUAGGUUUGAGGAAAAUAAAAAUGUUGAUGUGUAAAUAAAAGUGGGUUUUAGCUAAAUCGUAUAAAAAAGAAUAAAAAUAGGGGGUAAUGAGUAAAAAUGAGCCAAAAAUUAAGAUAGAACUAAAUAAAUAAAUUGGAAGAAACUAAUUCAGCAACUUAGCUAUUUUUUUAUGGGUAAUAAAAUCGAAAUUUGGUUAGCGUGUUCUUUACAAGACAGGGAAGGAUUUGAAGUAACUUUAAUGAAUUUUGAUUAAGCAAUUAAGAAAGAUUUAGAAGAUUCUGAGUAUUAUUUUAAUAAAGGUAAAAUUAAAAAUGGAUGACUUUUUAGCUAAUACUCUAUUUAAAAUUAACAGAUUU